CCUUCGUCUUCCUCAAAUAUGCACAAUCUGAAGUUUUGAACAAUUUCAAUUUCUCAUUUACCCACUUAUCUGCGCCGCCGACCUACAAAAAAAUCUCGGAGAAACCUAACCGGCGGGAACCAUGCCUCCUCUUCACUCAGCAAUUACUCUCCGAAAUUUGUUCACCAGAAAUUCUCUCCGAAUCCUACAGAUUCCAAGCAUUACAUCUUCUACGAUUCUCAUAAACUCAAUUAGCAAUGUCUCUGGUAAUCUCCGAUCUCCAUAUUCGAAAUCCAGUCUCUCCGAAACAUCAUCAGCUAGCUCACUAAUUUCCCGGAUCCCAAACGCCUUCCAGAGAAGAUACGGCACCGACUCUAGCGGUGGCUCACCUGUAGAUGUAAACAAGGUAGUGGACGAGAUUAAUCUCAAGUUCGCUGAAGCUCGUGAAGAGAUCGAAAUGGCUAUGGAUGCUAAGGAGACGGUUUACUUCAACGAAGAAGCAGAGUGCGCUAGAGCCGCCGUGGCAGAGGUUUUGGAGAUGUUCGAAGGUUUACUCGGGAAAGUAACAGAGAAAGAGAAAGCGUCUCUGCAGCGAUCCAUGGGACUCAAGAUUGAACAGCUAAAAGCUGAGCUUCAACAGCUGAACGAAUGAUCAAUUGAUGAUUUUUGAUUCUGUGAGAGGUUAGCAGAAAUUUUCCUCUUCUUCACUGAGCCAUUGUUCUUAGCUGAUUAUCAUCUGUGUGCGCUUCAAUAAAUUUUAGGUCAAAUU